AUGGAUCACGCGGCGGAUGUACACAAGACCGAUUUGAUGACUAUAACGCGAUUUGUGCUGAACGAGCAGUCAAAGUAUCCUGAAUCUCGUGGAGAUUUCUCUAUAUUGCUGAAUCACAUUGUUCUUGGUUGCAAGUUCGUCUGUUCUGCGGUCAAUAAGGCAGGAUUAGCCAAACUCAUUGGGCUUGCUGGGGAGACCAACAUCCAGGGUGAAGAGCAAAAGAAACUGGAUGUUCUCUCAAAUGAAGUUUUCAUUAAGGCUCUAAUCAGCAGCGGCCGAACAUGCAUCCUUGUCUCUGAAGAGGAUGAAGAGGCAACAUUUGUGGAGCCAUCUAAGCGUGGAAAGUGUACUGAUAUCAAUAUGGAUGGCUAUGGUCUGGUAUUGCAGGUACUGCGUUGUUUUGAUCCUUUAGAUGGAUCCUCAAACAUCGACUGCGGUGUUUCUAUUGGAACUAUCUUUGGAAUUUAUAUGAUUAAAGAUGGUAGUGAACCAGUUUUAGAGGAUGUGUUGCAACCAGGGAAGAAUAUGUUAGCUGCUGGCUAUUGCAUGUAUGGAAGCUCUUGCACG